GCUACUUCUCCUGAUAUUAGUAAGUACUUGUACGGCACAGCACCACCAUAAUGUUUCGCAGACUAGAGUGGAUCCAGAAAUUUUCAUGGAUGCCAAUGAAUUGAUAACAAGUAAAGGUUAUCCAUGUGAAGAUCAUCAAGUUAUAACAGAAGAUGGUUAUAUAUUAACAAUGCAGAGAAUACCACAUGGUCGUAAUACUAAUUCUUCUACAGACAGAAAACCAGUGGUUAUCUUACAGCAUGGACUUUUGGGAGCGAGUACUAACUAUUUAGUUGAUUUGGCCAAUGAGAGUUUGGCGUACAUCUUGGCUGAUGCUGGAGUAGAUGUUUGGUUGGGAAACAGCAGGGGAAAUAAUUACUCGCGUGCCCACAUCCAUUUGAAACCUUCGCAGGAGGCUUUCUGGGACUGGAGUUUUGAUGAAAUGGCUAGAUAUGAUUUACCAGCUGUGGUUGAUUACGUUAUAUUGAACACAGGAGAAGAACAAAUAACCUACGUGGGUCAUUCUCAGGGCUCAAUGAUAGGGUUUGCCGGGUUCAGUCAAAAUCAGACUCUGGCUGAUAAAAUUAAACUCUUUAUAGCCUUAGCGCCAGUCGCAAAAGUUGGCAAUAUCAAAAGCCCUAUUCGACUUUUGGCACCUUUUUCUAAUCAAAUAGAUUAUUUAUCAAAAUUAUUUGGAAAAGGCGAGUUCUUACCAACAAGUAAAUUCAAAAAAUUCCUGGCAAAGGAUGUAUGUACGCAUGUUUCUGGCAUCUGUGAGAAUUUUCUAUUUAUUGUUGAUGGGUUUGACAUUAAAAAUAUGAAUAAGUCAAGAGUUCCUGUCUAUUUGGCCCACAAUCCUGCAGGAACAUCGGCUAAAAACAUGGUUCACUUUGCACAGGGUGUAAGAACCGACACCUUUCAGAAAUAUGAUUAUGGGUCAACAGCUGAAAAUCUGAAACAUUACGGACAGGCAACACCACCUGUCUACCACCCAGAGAAUAUGACUACUCCCGUCGCUAUUUUUAGGGGUGGCGCAGAUUGGUUAGCAGACCCAGAAGACGUAAAAUGGUUGUUAACCAAACUAAAAAAAGUGGUUUUUGAUAAAUACAUCAGUUAUUGGGAACAUGUCGACUUUAUUUAUGGACUAGAUGCACCAAAUAUAUGUUACAAUGUUAUCGAAAAUUUCAUUUUAAGCAAAAACAAAUCUUUACACCAUAUAUGA